UUCAUAUUUCAUAGCAGUGACUCAUCCCACCAGCCUGAAUUAGAAUUAAUUUACUGCAAAUUUACUGUGCACACCACAGAACUUUCUGCAGGGGAGAGAAAGUGACUGGUUUGUAUUUGCCUUUUGGGCAUUUUUUGAUUGAUACAAUACAUAAUAUAAAUACAUUAAAUACAUAAUAUAAAUACCUUAUUUUAGUCUUUAUCUUGCAAUGUGAACUCAGGGGUGGGCUUGACAUCUGCAAAGGGCUAAAAUGUCUUCAUCAGAAAUCGUCUCAUGGAAAACCAGGCAUUGCUGAGGCCACAUCCACACAUUCCUCACACUCCUGGUUUCUCAGCAAAAUAGUUAAAGUUCACUUUAAGUGCUCUUGCAGAUUUUUUUAGUGAGCUUUGUGCCUCUUCUGCUGCUUUUGGGAAGUUCUUCCAGACUUUCCAUCCAUUAGGAAUUUCAUUUCUAGCCUGUGCAUAUCCAGCUUAUAUCCACUCAUUUUAUAAGCCAGAAUUGCCUUAUUUCAAUUCAAAAGUUUUUCUCACUUUGUUGUGCUGCUCUUGGAGAGAUGGACAGGGAGUGUCCAUGUCCUCCUACUCUCCAUCUCAGUGCAAUUAAAAGCAGAAGACCUUUUAGUCUUCCUGGAUAAAACCACCUCUCCUUCCUUUGGAUCUUCAUCGUGAGCCUUGUUACUGGGGUGAAUCCUUAAAGCAGGACAAGACCUGGCACAGAGUAGAUAACCUUUUGCAAGUUCAUUAAUUUUCCCAAAUUUUUUUAGUGAGAAAAAGCCUGUCUCCUUGAUUGCUAAAAAUAUCUGAGGCCAGAGAAGGAGCAGCCCUGUUUGGGAAGACAGGAGACCACAGCUGUGUCCAGACUCCAGCGUGCUGCUCUCCCAGGAAUUGCUUGUCUGGAGCAGCUGCCCCUGAGGGAUUUGUGGGGUCGUGGUGCUCGGGGUGUGCCCUGGUCCCACUGGCUUCGUCAGCACAAAAAGGGGAAAAACAGGCAAGAGGAGAAGAGAGAAGUGCAUGAACAGAGCAGGCAUUGCCUCACAAUCCCAGUGUCCCCCCUAAACUAAAUGGGAACCUGUUUUCUCCCCGAGUUUGGGUUUAGCAUCUUGGAAGCAGGGCUGGCCAUCCAUGAGCUCCACACAUCCCUCUGUGCAGGGACCUCCAUGGCUCAAGGCUGUUUGUUCUGCUCUGCAGCUCCCUGAGGCAGAGCACAGGGAAGCACAUUCAGCCUUCCAAAUAUUUUAUUUAUAUCCUGCUAGCCGUGAGUAAGUGCUUCCAGCCUUCUGCUUGUCAUAAAUCUGUUCAUCACCUCCUUCUGUCAGCUCCUUACCAGAGCAGGGCUUGUACCAAAAGAAAGGAUUUUCCAUGGAUUUGGGUGUUUGGGGAGCACAAAUGAUCUCCAGGCUGAUGUGCGUGUGUGUCUUGGGGCUUUCUUGGGGCAUAAAGCUGUGAUGGGGUGGGACACACCAUGUCCUCUUCAUCAGCCCCUCAAAUAACCUCUUUUUGUGUCCCUGGGCUCAGGAGCAGACAGGUUUUGCUGCCUCACUGCCCCUGACCAAAAUAAAACUGGCUCUGGAAGGGAGCAGGAGGCCUGCCAUGCAACGGGACAAACUAGGUCAGCGUUGUCAGGUGUCUUCAGCUCUGCCUUGCGUUCACUUUAAAGAAAAAAAAGAAGAAAAAAGAAAAAGAAAAAAAGACAGGAAACCCACAAAACAGCAGCAUUGCAGCCCUUUGUAUUUUAGUCACCAGCAUUGGACCAAAUUCCCUCAGCUGCCUCUUGGAGAUGCUUUAGGGAUGAGCCACAGCUCAUGAUUUCCCUGGGGGAUGCUGAGCAAAGGAAAAAUGAUAGAAAAACCACAUGGUUUUGACUAGGCUCUUUUGGCUUCUGGUCCUGCACCUCUGGAGUGGGUGCAUGGAGGUCUGGGCAAUUAAAUUUAGAAGAACUCACCUCAUCUUCCUCAGAAAGUGCUGCAAAAAAAGGGAAAGAGAGGCCUCUGGGGGCCUGUGAAAGGCAAAGCCAUGGUGGAGCGAGAGCUGCUGGUAGCUGCCAGGUGCUGGAGAGCCCAGGGAACCUGGAACACAAGAGGAAUAAGCCCAGUUUGUUCUCCAGCAAAGGGUGAGGGCACUUCUGGACAGCCAUAUGGGAACCACUGGGAAGAUGCUGACACCAAACCCCUUCAGCCAUUGCUGCUGGCUUUGCUCAAGGCUGGGUUUGGCCGGGCCAUGCUGCAGCCGGAGCUGUGGGCGGCCGCGGCGCUGAUGCUGCUCGGGGCGGCCGUCAGCCUCUGCAUCAGGUGCCAGCUCUCAGCCACCAAACGGGAGACACAGCUGAACGAGCAGAGGAGCCAGCUCGAAAGCCAGCAGAGGUUUGAGGUGAUCCGAUCCCAUACCAUUGCAUCCCGAAGGCUGGAAAAAAGUAAGGAACCUGAAAACUUACCAAUAGCAAGUAAAGCCACUGAAGAGCUCAGUGCUUCCCAUCACCCUGGAUAUGGGAGCAGGGACGAGCCCAGGUACCAGAAUUUCCUGGCAGAGAACUGCCUGCAAGAAGAUCCUGCCUAUGUGGAGCCCAUGUCUCUGGAUCACUACUACAACUGCAGCAGGCUCUUCAAGCCACCCCGUGCUAGGUCUCCAGGCAAGCCAGAGAAAGAUGAGGAUUCCUAUUCCUAUGAAAAUGUCACCAUUGGAGUGUCUCAGGGCUCUGAUCCAGAUGAUGCUGUAGACUAUGAGAACAGCAUGACAAUACUCACAUGGAAACGCCAGCAAGGGCAAGCCCCACCGACAGAAAGCCUGGAUGAUGAGCCAGACUACGUCAACACAGGUCCCCUGUCAGGCCCUGCCCUGCUGCCAGAGCAAAGGCAGAAACAGAGUAAAUGUAUUCUGCAUAAAGUCUGAAGAAAUCCUUUGCUGAGCUGUAAGAGCGCACCCAGCGAGUGUGUACACAGGGAGAGGGGAGAUUUCAUCCCUCAGUGAAAUCUCUCCUCCAAACUGUGCCUGCAGUGACAUAGAAGGGGUGUUACUGAACGAAGAACUGCACUGCUUGAAGCCCCACAGAAGUCCUACUGCAAACCAGCAGCUGGAGAGAGCACUCUGCCCCCAGCGACCACGGGCAAGCCCCAGGCUCCUCAUCCCAAUCCCAUUUCCCUGCACUCGAAGAUGGGCAGGCUGGGCAAUGUCUUCUCCUUCAGGCAUGAAAUGAAUCCUUAACUUGCUGAGCAGUAAUGCAGCCAGCUACUUAAUUUGUCAGGGUGACUCAUGCACAAUGUAUUAAGCCAGAGGGAUUAGGUUCUGAUUUAGUUCCUGUGCUCUCCUACAGAAGCAGUUUCCUUCACCAACUGGCGAGGCAGAGGUGGUGUUUAUAACAGCAGUGGCUGUCUGGAGCUGAAUGAAAUUCCAACCUGUUCACAAAAGCUAAAGAGGAUUAAAUGCCUGCUUAUCCAUGGGCAUAUAGUUCACAGUGUUGGUCUAUGGCAGUUUUCCUCAUGUUUCAGUAUCUGUUUUACAAUGAUACAAAGAACCAGCGGCAACUGUGAGAGUCAGAUCCACCAGCCUCAGAAACCAGUCCUUCAAUAUGGCCGUUGGAACAUCAUCCCAGAAACAGAAUCCCUAGCUCCUGAGCCCUGAUGUGCAGAUCUGGCCCUUCUGGAACACUUAUUUAUUAAACUGAAAAGCUUCCAAAGAAAAUGUCUUUUGCUCUGGUUUGCAAUGAUAGAUGUCUGCGUGAUCAGGUGACAAAGAAAUGGGAGGACAUGAGGUGACAUGGAGUGAUGUGCAGGAUCUUAUGGGGAGAAAACACAUUAAAAGCCUUCUUCCUAAAAUCAGAUCAGAAAACUGAAAAGAACACAGGCCACACUCAGGGUGAGUGAGUAGAGAAGGGAAGCUAAGGGUUAGAGAGCUGUGGUGUGGGAGAAGGGAUGUCAGGUGCUUCCUGCUGCAGAUGACUUGGCUCUAAUUUUAGCAGAACCACCAAGAGAGACCACAGGUGCCCACCGUGGGCUGAAACGGUGGGUGGGUUGGAGCUUGGCUCAGGAGAAGGUUUGUUAGUGGUCCCUACAAAUGCUACAAGUUUCCACAGGACUUUUACAACAGAGGAAUUCAGUGCACUUCAGGGAUGCACACAGGCAGGGAGCUACAGCCUGGUUUUCUGCUCGCCCCAGCCCAGCUUCUCCUCACACCCUUAGGUUUCCUGAUGGUCAAAUGCUCUGCAAAUUCUGCAUAGGUGCAUGGCAGCAGGGUCCCCCUGAGCCAGCAGCACAGACAGUGACAGGCAAAGGGUGCUUUUGUCACUGAAGGUGUGCCUGGAGCUCACAGGGCUAUGGCACUGUUGGAUUCAUCCUCGGCACCUGAAGAAGCUUCAACUUUCCAUGAAGUGCUGCGGACUGUGGAUUGUUCACUGCAAGGGUGAGCGCGUUGUGAGUGGUGUCUGGUGAUGUUACCCACUGGUGAUUCAUCUCCCAGCCAAGGGAGCCACUCAUGAAUAGGAAGGAGAUUAGCAGCAGUGACAGAUCCUUGGCACACAGCAACAAACCCAGCUGGAGACCUCCCAGAAAGUUCUAGGCAUUAGGUCAGUGCAUGGUCAGAACAUGAAAAUACAAGAUUUAUUGUUCUCCUCAUGAAGCAGGGAGGCAGAUUACACCAGUUAGAUUUUCUUGGUACAAGAAAAUUGUACAAUUUUCCAAUCUCCCAUUGCCAAAGCCUGGGUUUGAAAGUUGUGGAGCCAAAGCAGGCAGGGCAGAACUGGAUGUGAAGACUCUUCCCUUCACUCACUGGGGUCUGAGCAAAUCCCCCUUUGCAGCUCUCCAGAGCAGUCAGCUGUAGUGAGGCGUAAAUCCUUUGUAAAGCUUCUGGAGCACUUCUCAGGCAAUCAUCUCAUUGCACUGGAAGGUAUCCAGGGACUGUUUCAGGAACUCUCAUCAAUAAUGUUUGUUAUUAGUCUGGCUCUGAACAACCUCAGUUUUUCUCUGCAAUGAGUGAGUACAGAUGUGUGUGUUCACUGACAUGCGGUCCUUUUGGGACUAGCUUUAGGUGUGCAAGGGUUUCUGGUGCUCAGCCAGAACUGCUAGACACUUGUUUGAACCUAAUGCAAGGAGACCUACAUCUCCCCUGGGUCCACCUCUCUCCACAUGAGGUAGGCAGUUAAGUGAGAAAUUCACUUCCUGUUUUCAAUUUAAGGUGCUUUAGAAAAGUAGUUCUGGCUGGUGCAGCUCUGAAAAUGGAGCUGGGGAGUCUGAGUGCUGGAAAGCAGCAGCUCUGCACUCAGGGGGAACAAAUGCCUGUGGAGAGCAGGAGGUGGUGGUGGCCUCUGGGAUCAAUACUAGUCCUCUUCUUAGGAAAAGUGAGUGUGAUUAUGUCCCUGCAGAGCUGGAAAGGAUUAGCCCUGAGGGGAGUCUGCUCCAAACUGGAGCUGUGAAAUGCAGCUACUGAAUACAGCUGAGAAGAAACCCUCUGAAACCAGGUAGGAACAGGAACCUGACCCUUCGUGUUCCUCACCCUUCCACUGGCACCACCACUGUGGGCAGCACAUCCCACAGGGUAAGGACUGGCCUUGAGUCAUCCAAAUAGGGUGUUUGCUGGUUUAUAAAACAUCCAUGGUAACAUCUCUUCCUUCCCCAUUCCAAUGAACACAUUUAAUGAGAAAGCAAAGACAGAGUAGGCUGGCUGUCAUGUGCAGUCAAAGGAAAAUUAACCUUAUUUAAGUUUUUAGGGACAAAAGCCGUGAUGCUGUGUUUGUAGAGAACUCAGCAGCUCAAGCCCCAGUACUAAACUAUUAGUUGUGUAUUUAAUAGAGUUUGUGCUGAUAGUAACUCACUGGGU